AGCGCUUAUCGGCCGCGCAAAAGCGUGUCACGUACGCGUCCCGCGAAACCGAGCAAACUAGUUUUAGUGUUUCGCGAUUCACAUCUUAUAAAAUGCGACGAAUUUUAUUUUUAAUACUCCUUUACGUCUGCGAAUUCAAUAGCCAGCCGUGCGAAGAUAAAAAUAGUAUAGAUAUAUCCGAUGGUAUUUUAAAAGACGGUAAAAUAUUUAAAAACGGUCUCGCGUUCCCGCCGAAAUAUGUUUAUAAGAAAAACUUUAAUGGUGUUAACGAAACUCGCGGUUGUGUGUGCGAUGUUAAGAACUGCUUAAGGAAAUGCUGCCCGAUGGGAUCGGUAAUCUAUGGAAGGAAUUGUACGCAGAUGACAGAUAAAGAUAUCAUAAUGAACGAAGGUUUGGAUAUGUUCUUCAUGAAUGCGUUUCAACGGCGAAUAAAAUUUGAUAAAUUUGAAGAUCUCUUCCUUGUCUACGGAAGACCUUGUAAAAGCGUUUAUAAGGAGGACGACGGACCUUGGUUCGUUCAAAAGGAUGGCAAGUUAUUUGUUGAGUUGACCACAAACAUUCCCCCCUGGACGGUGCUGUCGCCUGACAAAUAUUGCAUCGAUACCUUCUUCUAUGAAGAUGGUGACGGCAAUACUAAAACACGGCUGGAUGCCUUGGCUUGCUUCGCGGAUGAGACCCCGUCUAAUCAUUUCGAAGUUCGAAGCUCAUGUAUGCUGAUCUCUUGUGUGUUCAUUAUCGCGACGGUUGCUGUGUACGCAUGGCUGCCGGAGUUGCGAAACAUGCACGGCCGAGUCCUAAUGGCGUACCUCCUCUGCCUCUUCUUUGGCUUCUUGUUCAUGGCCAGUAUGCAAAUAAUGCUCACCGUCGACAAUAUCUCCGCCGUUACCUGUGUCAUACUAACGAUCAUCAUUUACUAUUUCCUCCAAACGGCCUUCUUCUGGCUUAACGUCAUGAGCUUUGAUAUCUGGUGGACUUUCAGUGGUAAAAGCGGAAUGGGAAUGAGUAAGGUAUCUAAGAGAUUCUGUAUAUAUUCGAUGUACGCGUUCGGAGUGCCAGCCCUUUUUACAAUAAUACUGGCGUCUCUUGAAUUCUCCGGCCUGCCGCCACAUCCCUUUCUACCAUUGCUGAGGUACCAGGGCUGCUUCUUAUUCGGGAGAAGCAAACUGUUGUACUUGUACGGUCCGAUGUUCAUACUGUGCGUGGCGAAUAUUGUGUUCUUCGUGAUGACAGCGGUGAAGAUAGCACAGAUCAAGCAGCAGACCGCAGUGCUCAAGUCCAAGGAGAGUGCCAUGCACGACCAGCACAGGAAGGACAAGCAAAGGUUGCUGUUGUAUUUGAAACUAUUCACCGUAAUGGGAAUCAACUGGAUCUUGGAAGUUGUGAGCGCCCUCUACCCUGAUGCGGAAUACAUCUGGAUGUUCACCGAUGCCUACAACCUGCUCAUUGGAGUCACCGUCUUCUUCAUCUUCGUCUGUAAGCGGAAGAUAUUCCACCUCAUUAAGAAGAGGUUUGUCACAGAAUACAAGCAGCUCCGUGGAGAACCCAUGUCACGUACUCAAACAACUUCUACUCGAACGACUUUCAGUCGCGACGACUUCAGAAUGAGUUCGGCGAAGAACGGUUAAGAAGCAAAAAGAACGUUCAAGAAGUAAGAAGAGAAGAAACCGACUGAAUACAAUCUAUAUGAUGAUCAAACCAAAGCAAAAAGUACUCUAUAAUCUAGAAUUCUAAAAUGUCUUUUUAUUAUAAUAAUUGUACUAACAACUAUAAUUAUACAGGUUGUCCGAAAAUUAUCAGAUUGAUUUUUACACUAUUUACAAAUAAGAUUUAAAAAUGUCCUAUGAAAUUUUAAAGCUAAUUUUUUAUAUCAACAACACAUAUUUAGUAAGUAGUAAAUCUUUGACCCGUUAUUUUCGGACAGCCUGUAUUUCGACUAUUAUUCUUAAAAAAACACGAACUUAAUUAAAGCUUAGAAUCUCUAUUUUUAAUUAUCUUUUUCUAUUUUUUAAA